AUGUCCUCGCGGCAAGUACACCGCGUCUAUACCAUUCAGAAAAACGCUAAUCAACAGCAGGCCGCUGCCGUUGCCACAGUCGCCGUUGACGUCAUGGUUCAUCCCAUGGACACCAUCAUCACGAGAGUCCAGUCGCCCGCCUACAAGACACAGUACCGGCAGCGCAACGGCCUGUUCCACCGCAACCUUUUCCUCGGGCUCUACCAAGGCUUCGGGCCUACUCUGCUAGCUGGGAUACCGGCCUCGGCAGCCUUCUUCUCCGUCUACGAGGCCUCCAAGGCGCUGUUUGACAGAGGCCACCUGGGAUCGAUUCCUCUCCCGAUUGCGCACGCCAUGAGCGGUGCCGCCGCUGAUCUCACGGCGUGCGCCAUUAUCAAUCCCGCAGAGGUGCUCAAGCAAAACGCCCAAGUCUCUACGACGGAGCGUCUGCUGCCCGGUCAGCGGUCGCAUGUUUUGAAGACGCUGCGCCAAUUCACGAGGCACCCGACGCGUCUGUGGACGGGGUACACCAUGUUGGUGGCGAGUUCGUUGCCCGGGACGAGCUUGACAUUUAGCCUGUACGAAUGGCUGAAGCAGAAGAUGGCCCGGGAUGACGAGGAGCUGGCGCGCAGUAUUCCGUAUCAAAUGAAAGUCAGCGCUGUGAGCGCCGCUGUUGCCGCCGGUUGCGCGUCGUGUAUAUUUGUUCCGGUGGACGUUGUCAAGACGAGAAUGAGAUUGGCGGCCGGCGACGAACCGGCUGCCCCGACUUGCGAGGCGCGCGCGACCAGACCGGGUCCAAUGGCUGUCGCAAGAGACGUUUUACGAGUUGAGGGAGUAAGAGGUCUAUUUAGAGGAUUGACCUUGACAUUUGUUGCGGGUGUGUUUGGCGCUGGCUUAUAUUUGGGCUGUUAUGAGGGUUGUAAGUUGUAUUUGGGACAGGAGGAAGACGACAUGGCGGUUUAA